GCCUAUGCCAGCCGUGGUCUAUCACAGAGUGAGAGCCAUUACCCUGCCCAUAAACUAGAAUUUCUCGCCUUAAAGUGGAGUGUUACCGAGAAGUUUCAAGAUUAUUUGUGUGGGGCAGAUUUCACUGUGGUUACUGACAGCAACCCGCUCACAUAUAUUUUGACAACAGCAAAACUGGAUGCAACAGGACAUCGCUGGUUGGCUGCACUCUCCACCUAUUCGUUUAAGCUGCUCUAUCGGGCUGGGAAGAAAAACUGUGAUGCGGAUGCACUUUCGCGACGACCUCAUCCAUGUUCCGGUGAUGAAACGAUUAAAGAUCACGAGCUUAUCCAUCAGUUCAUCACCCAACACACAGCAGACUCUGAUGUGCUUCCAGAGGAGACAGUGAAUGCUAUCUGCCAAUGUCAUCUGGCUAAAGCCACCUGGCCAGAUGAUAGCGGCCAAGAUUACACCUUUACACUCAUUGAGUCCCUCUCGAUCCAAGCUGAUACCAUCCCAGACAGCUUCUGCUCUGAGGGCCUGCACCAACUAUCUGUAAUUCCUGCACUUAACAUCAAGGAAAAGCAACAAGCAGACCCGUGUAUCAGAGAACUUAUUCACCAGCUCAAGACGGGGGAGAAAAUUCCACCCACGGCAAGAGCUGAGCUUCCAGAACUUCCACUAUUGCUGAGGGAAUGGUCCAGAUUGGAGCUGCUGGAUGGAGUGUUGUUCAGGAGAAGGCGUGAUAAUGAGGAACUGGCACAUCAGCUUGUUGUUCCUGAAGAACUCCGCCCUUUGGUCCUGAAAAGCCUUCAUGAUGAUAUGGGACAUAUGGGUAUAGAAUGUACGCUUGAUCUCGUCCGUACCCGGUUCUAUUGGCCCAAAAUGGCCAUGGAUGUCGAGCAGAAGAUAAAGAGCUGUGGCCGCUGUGUACGCAGAAAAGCCUUACCUGAACGAGCUGCUCCACUUGUAAGCAUAAAAACAUCAAGACCGCUUGAACUUCUGUGCAUGGAUUUCCUCAGCCUAGAGCCUGAUUCCAGCAAUACUCGCAAUAUCUUAGUCCUCACUGACCACUUCACCAAAUUCACUGUUGCAAUACCUACGCCCAAUCAAAAGGCAAAAACUGUGGCGAAGUGUUUGUGGGAAAAUUUCAUAACUUAUUAUGGAAUUCCAGAAAGAAUCCACACGGACCAAGGACAAGAUUUCGAGUCAAAGCUAAUCAAGGAACUGUGUGAUUUUGCAGGUAUUGUAAAAAGUCGCACAACUCCAUACCAUCCAAGAGGAAAUCCAGUGGAGCGGUUUAACCGAACGUUACUAUCAAUGUUGGGGACAUUGGAAACAAAACAAAAGACACGCUGGAAAGAGCAUGUGAAACCGCUAGUUCACGCCUACAAUUGUACGAGGAAUGAGGUCACUGGAUACACACCUUAUGAACUGAUGUUCGGCAGGACGCCUCGAUUACCUGUAGACUUAGUUUUCGAUCUCCCGCUGCGUGAAACUAAGCAAACAAGUCACUCUCAGUAUGUUAAGUCUCUCAAGACAAGGCUCGAAGAAAGUUUUAAAGUCGCCUCCAGCAAUGCAGCUAAAUCUGCUGAUCGGAAUAAGUCCAGAUUUGACAGCCGUGUUAUUCCUUCAGCACUGGAGCCCGGGGAUCGGGUUCUUGUGCGAAAUGUCCGCCUGCGUGGAAAACACAAACUUUCUGACAAGUGGGAGGAGCAAGUAUACGUGGUUGUCCACCGAGCCGGCAAUCUUCCGGUUUAUAAAGUGAAACCCGAACAUGGUGAUGGACCUGCACGAACCCUUCACCGUGACCUCCUACUUCCAUGCAGUUUUCUCACUGAUAGUGACAACUUGCCAGAGAACUCACCUGUUCGUAGACCCAGAACACGGCAGCAGAGGAAUAUGCAAAAUCCUUCCAUCGAGCUAACUUCUGUUGAUGAUGAUACAGAGAGUGUGGUUUCUGUAAUGGUAAAUCCAUCAACUUUGCAUUUCACAGUGGAGAAUCAACAUCCUGCUUUGGGUUCACCUCCAUUAAAUGAAAAUGAAAGGCCAUCAACCUCUGUCUCUGAUCCACCAGUUAGUACUGAAGAGCAAAGGCAACCAACUUCCCCUAUGUCCGAUACUCUGCCUUCAGUCUCGAAAUCGAAUAGUGAGCAUCCUGAAUCAAAUGUGGAAGAGAACUUACCUGAACAUGGAGUCUCAAAUGUCCUUGAAGAACAAAGCGAGCCUGAGAACCUGAACUUACCUGAAUCUGCUGAGAACCUGAACUUACCUGAAUCUGCUGAGAACCUGAACUUACCUGAAUCUGCUGAGGACCUGAACUUACCUGAAUCCGCUGAACUGAACUUAUCUGAAUCUGAAGGAAAACUUACUGGAGUUGCUAUUUCCAUUGAAGAUCUCCCUCUAUCCAAUCCAGUAGAGAUACCUGCAAAUAAUCCUCCUGCAGUUGAUCCCUCUCGACGCUCACACCGUCAGAGAUUUCCUCCAAACAGACUCCAGUAUUCCACUUUGGGCAAUCCAUUAAUAAAUGUAGUCCAAACAAUGUUGCACAGCCUUUCUGAUGCAUUAGGCAUCACUAUUAGUUCUAGUACCCCUUCAUCCGUUCACGUUAUUUAAAUUUUAAACAUGCAACGGGACGUGCAUGAUUUAAGGCGGGGAGGAUGUAACCCCCAUAAAAAUCUAGCGUCUUAUUCAAGUGAGUAAUUUUAUUGGUAAAUUAAAAUAAGUGUCCAUUCCCGAAUGGGUCCGUGAACACACCUUUCACGUGACGUACGCACACACGCACAAGCAAGCCUGCUUCGGCCAAUCAUGAGCCUUGUUCCUCCCUAUACAAGUUACUGCUGCGCUGCUUACUAUAGACUCGGGAGGAAGGCAACACGAACGGCUGCAACAGGUCGGACACCAUCGCGGAUAGGACGCUGGGUACUUGCUGGGUGACGUUCAUUGUGGAAAUUGGCCAGGUGUGCUUGGUUGGCACAGAACCAUACGGGGCGAGCUGACCCAAAAAGGAGCCUGAACCCAGGUUACCAUCUCAACUCCGUCGAGCUGACCCAAAAAGGAGCCUGAACCAAGUUACCAUCUCAACUCAGUCCUGCGGUCUGGUAGGGGCUGUUGCAGCCAGUCCUCCCCUGUUCUCUCUGUCCCCCGCUGUCCGCAUAUGAACUGCUUUGCGCUAUGGACUCUAUUUCAUAUCCCAACCUGUGUGGUUUCUAUGGACAAUGAUACAAAACUCUCUUAACUUUAUCGCGGACAGUAAAGUAUUUCCACCAAUAAGUGGGGAAAUUGUGGAGGAGAAAGGGAGAAUAUUAUAUUCUGGUUGGUUGACUGUGUUCUAUUGUGCUUUGACCAAUGUGUUGUGAACCGUGACAAAAAAGGGAAAAAAUACUUUUUUUUGUGUGAACUACUCAAGCUUGGGAAUAUUUUUAAAUCUCUGCAGAUUGUAAAUAUGUAUCACUUCAACUCACU